CUUUUGCUCCGAGCGCUCCACUUUCCUUUCUCACUGACGAAUGCGAUACGUGGAAACCGGGUGAUCCGGCGCGGGAUUCACCGGUGACGGAGCGCCUGGUGUCAUGUUUUCCACGGAGAACUUCCACGCGCUGAGCCAUGGAGACCCGCGCCAGCAACCUGUGGUGAGCGGCAACGGUGCAGAGAUGACGGGAGGCCCGUGCUCCCAGAAGCUGGGCUCCCGUUCUGCCAGGCACAUCCGUCUGCUUCUGCUCAUCCUCAUCCUCGCGAUCUGCGCAUUCGCAUGCGUUCUGUUGGUACUGUUGGCAUUCACAGGUGUCAUAGGGAGCACUUUAAUGGAGUCAGCUGAUUCCCGCUCUCUGGACAUCACAAUGAGCCCAACUGCCACGGAAAACACCUCUUCCUCUGGCGUUCCCAUGACGACGACACCUUCAGGGGCAACUACUGUCCCUCCGCCUCACACUCAGGGCAUGGGCCACUGGAGACCCCGCGCCGACAACUCUUCAUCAGCAUCUUCAUCUUCACCACCAUCUUCACCAUCAUCAUUAUCAUCAUCGUCACAGUUAACAUCAACGUCGUCAGCGUCAACAUCGUCUUCAUCUUCAUCAUUAUCUUCCUCACCCUCUCCACUUCCCCAGACCACACCUUCUCACAAGCUCCCUUAUGAUUGGCAGACGACUACAGCAAGCAUCCUGGGGAUUUUAAACACGCCCACUGUUGAGCCGACCACUGCUGCGCCAGACUUGGGCAUAUGUAUGGACAUCAUUGAGCCUCAGUGCCACAUGUUGCCAUACAACCGCACCGGUGUGUCGUCAGGAACGACUGUGGUCAAGAGCAGCGAGCUGGAGAUGUUCCUGAAGUUCUUCUCCUACCUCAGCCGGCUGGGCUGCUACACACACAUCAUGCUGUUCGGCUGCAGCCUUGCCCUCCCACAAUGCAUCGGCAACGGCACUGACCGGCAUCUGGUGUAUCCGUGCGUAGGGUUCUGUGAGGCGGCGAGGGAGGGCUGUGAGCCCGUGCUGCAGAUGUUCAACACCUCCUGGCCCGACUUCCUGCGCUGCUCCCAGUUCUCCAACGGAACGGUUCCACUGCCGCGGCCCACUGCCACACCAGAACCCGUGUCUGGAACACUGACCGCCAGAGCAGCGGGAGACCCAGGCCUCUGUUACACUCCGCGGCACAUUAGGGGCAAGCCCUCUUUGUGUGGUGGCAGGGACAACUUCAUGUGUGCGACAGGGAUUUGCAUCCCCCACAAGCUGGUGUGCAACGGCUACAACGACUGUGAUGACUGGAGCGAUGAGGCAGACUGCAGCUGUCAGGAGGACGAGUUUGAGUGUGUGACCGGCCGCUGUGUGAGCCCCGCUCUGCUGUGUGACGGCUACGACGACUGUGGAGAUCUGAGUGACGAACACAACUGUGUGUGUGAUGCUCAGAGGGAGCAUCGGUGUGGAGAUGGACGGUGUAUUCCUAUAGACUGGCUGUGUGACGGAGAUCAUGACUGUGUAGACAAGAGUGAUGAGGUCAACUGCUCGUGUAAGGCCCAGGGCUUGCAGGAGUGUAAGAAUGGACAGUGCAUCCCCAGUGCCUUCCGCUGUGAUGGAGAGGAGGACUGCAAGGACGGGAGUGACGAGCACAACUGCACACACACACAGACCCAGAGUCUUUGCACUGCAGGCUGCACCUCCAAUUCAUGUCCCUCUGGUUGCCAAGGCAGUGUCCCCUGUGAUGGACACAACUCCACCUGCAACCGCUGCGAGCCCAUCUCCUUGGAGCUGUGCAUGAACAUGCCCUACAAUGGCACCAUCUUCCCCAACUUCCUGGGCCACCGGUCGCAGCGUGAGAGCUCGGUGAGCUGGGAGGCCAACCUGUUCCCUGCGCUGGUGCAGACCAGCUGCUACCGCUACCUCAUGUUCUUCGCCUGCACACUGCUCGUGCCCAAGUGUGACCCGCACACCCACCAGAGGGUCCCACCCUGCAGGUCUCUGUGCAGGAGCUCUAAGGAGCGCUGUGAGUCAGUACUAGGCAUUGUGGGAUUGCCGUGGCCAGAGGACACUGAUUGUGCCCAGUUCCCUGAGGAUGGAGGGGGCACUUCCUGUCUGCUCCCUGACCCCAAUGUGGACGGCUGUGUGGAGCGGGGGCUGUGGGAAUGUCCAGGAGACAAAGCCUGCAUCAGCCACUCCAUGAUCUGUGACGGCUUCCCCGACUGCAGCCUCAAGGAGGAUGAGAGCAACUGCUCGGUGUGUAAUGACAAUGAGCUGGAGUGUAACAAUCACGAGUGUGUGCACCGAACUCUCUGGUGUGAUGGCAAGAAACACUGUUCGGACAGCUCUGAUGAGUGGGACUGUGUCGCUCUGUCCAAUGCCUCGGCAGCGUUGAGUGUGUCUCGCUCCGGGGGGGAAUACCAGGUGUGUGCCGACGGCUGGAGCCCUCCGCUCAGCGAGCUCACCUGCAAGCAGCUGGGUUUAGGGCCGCCUGAGUCCACAAAAGAGGUUGAGGAGUCUGGAGUGGCCAGACGGCGUUGGCUACACGUGUCUCAAGAGUCCCACCAGCACAACAGCAGUGCCCUGCAAGCACUCUUGGAAAAGAGAAGUCAUUCCUGUGUAUCCCGCAAACAUGUGGCUGUGGAAUGUGGGACAGAGGACUGUGGGCGGCGGCCGGCGGUGCGUCUGGUGAAGAGGAUUCUGGGAGGUCGUGUGAGCCGGCCAGGCCGCUGGCCGUGGCAGUGCUCCCUGCAGAGCGAGCCCAGUGGACACAUCUGUGGCUGUGUCCUCAUCGGCAAGAAGUGGGCACUCACUGUAGCACACUGCUUUGAGGGGCGUGAGAGUGCGGACGUGUGGAAGGUGGUACUGGGCAUCAACAACCUGGACCACCCGUCGGUGCACACGCAGACCCGUGGUGUGGCCAGCGUGACAUUGCACCAGCGCUACAGCCGGGCCGUGGUGGACUAUGACAUCAGCGUGCUGGAGCUGGACCGCGAGGUGGAGAUCACGGGCCACGUGCGACCCGUCUGCCUGCCCCGCCCCGGUCAGCUGCCCCUGCCCGACACCUACUGCUACAUCACCGGCUGGGGGCACGUGGGCAACCGGAUGCCAUACAAGCUGCAGGAGGGGGAGGUGCGCCUCAUCUCCCUGGCCCAGUGUCAGUCCUACUUCGACAUGAAGACCAUCACCUCACGCAUGCUGUGUGCCGGCUACGAGUCAGGCACCGUGGACUCCUGCAUGGGUGACAGUGGGGGCCCUCUGGUGUGCCGUGAGGGGGAUGGCCGCUGGCGUCUGUAUGGCCUGACCUCCUGGGGCUCGGUGUGCUUCUCCAAGGUGCUGGGGCCUGGCGUCUAUGCCAACGUCACCCACUUCACCAGCUGGAUCCAGCGCCAGAUCUACCUGCGCACCUACAAUCUGGACUAAUGACACACACACACACACACACACACACACACACACACACACACACACACACACACACACACACACAC